CAAAAUCCCCGAUCCGUCAAAGUCUUUAUACCCUGUGAUCACGCGGAAAAAAGAAAAAUAAAAUUUGUAAUGACGAGAACGUCCCACACGCCAGACGAACCACCAUGAAAGAGAAUAUUAAAACCAGCAGAGAAUGAGCGAAAUCUGAGCAGGUUAACAGUUUCUCGGAGAGUGACGAGCGGAGGCCCAUCUUUUCAGUUGGCAUCAAUGCAGACAUGGGCACGUAUAUUUAUGAAUUUGUACGUAAACAUUUAUUCUGAGUCACUGACUAGCAGAUCUCAUCCUUGCUUUGGAUAAAAGCUUUGACGAUGAUGAUAUGUGGAGGUAUGUUGCUUACAUCUUUUUCUUCCCUGACCCUGCUUCCACUGUGAGAGCUUUGUGCAUGCGAGUUAUUACCUCUUUUAUCUACAUGUUUAACCUAUAGAUACAAUUAUUGGGGGUGUUAAAUUCUUAGACUCUUGGGCUGGAAUCUAGAUGCAGGGAGCAACUGUCCUAUGCAUGUUUGCUUACUUAUGAGAAAAGGGACCCCAUCCUUGACCACUAAUCUUACUGUUGAUUGAGAAGUCACAUGCUUUCUUUUCUGCUUGACAUUUCAAAGGCUAUUGUGAAAUUUUGUUGGAUUGAGCGUCUUCAUGGAAAUUUUGUACUCCCUCCGUGCCAUUUUAAUUGUCCCCUUCAAUUUUACACACAAUUUAAGAAAUUGUAUUACUCCCCUUCAAUUUGACAUUUAUACCCUCAUUUAUAGAGGACAAUUAAGAUGUCAAUGACUCCUUGGGAAUUCACUCCAUCAGUUUUUCAAUUUAAGGAUAAAUAAGGGUAAGAUGGGAAAAAUGGAUGAAAUUAGUUUUAAUUAAUUGAAAUGGACAUGCAUUUGGGACAUCCCAAAAAGGAAUAGAGGACAAUGAAAAUGGGACGGAGGGAGUAAUUAUUUCUUGGUGGAAUGGCAGUCUUUUUAGGACAGGACAGAUUGGAUGUGCAAAAUUUUACUAUCAAUACUUACAAUCUAUGUCCAGUUUAUAGUAUGCUAAUUCUGAGGUAUCAUAACUCAAGGUUUCGGUUCGGAGCAGGUAUUGGUAGUCGUUACACUCCCUGAGAGUAUUAAAGAGUCACAUCCGUUGAUAUUAUGACAACAGGGUUGAUAUUGUGGAGUGCAUUGGCUUAAUUAUCGGUGUUGAGUGUUGACAAAGGAGUUCUUCAUUUUUAUGGCCUCAAUUAUCUGAGUUCAUUAAUCUUACCAUUUAUCUUGGCGUUGGAAUUAAUAGCUCGUAGUGAAAAAGGUACAAUGGAGAUAUCUUUGUUGAAGUCUCCUCUUAACAGUAUCUCCACCUUUUCACAUCUAUCAUCUUUCGACAACAUAAAGUCAGACCCAAUGCAGAGGUGUUACAAGAAGGCAGAAGAAAUAUUGAAUUUGUUGAGGCCCAUACUUGAUGCCAUUGUGGAUUCUGAAAUAGCUUCCGAUGACAUGCUCAACAAGGCGUUUGAACGAUUAGGUCAAUUUGUUGAUGAGUUAACGGAGCUUUUCAGAAAUUGGCAAUCAUUGUCGAGUAAAAUUUAUUUUGUUCUGCAAAUUAAUACAUUAUUGGUGAAGAUUCAGACCUCUGGUCAGGAUAUUCUUCAGCUGUUGAAAGUGUCCCAUCGAAGUCUCCCUGAUGAAUUAAGUUCAUCUUCUCUUGAGCAUUGCAUACAAAGAAUUAAGCACAUGGGAUAUGAUCGAGUGGCGCUAACUAUCAAAGAAGCUUUAAGGGAUCAAGUAGAGGGUGUUGGACCAAGCUCAGAGGUUUUGGUGAAAAUUGCUGAGAAUCUCGGCUUGAGCUCAAACCAGGAGACUCUGAUUGAAGCCGUUGCCCUUGAAAAGUUGAAGGAGAAUGCUGAACAAAUUGAAAAAACAUCAGAGGUUGAGAUUAUUGAUCAAAUGAUUGGUCUUGUGACUCGCAUGCAUGAUCGCCUUGUCACAAUAAAGCAGUCGCAGAGCUGUAGCCCUGUCCCUAUUCCCGCUGACUUCUGUUGUCCUCUUUCCCUUGAGUUGAUGACAGAUCCAGUUAUUGUGGCAUCUGGGCAAACCUAUGAGAGGGCUUUUAUUAAAAAUUGGAUUGAUCUUGGGCUUACUGUCUGUCCUAAGACUCGGCAAACAGUUGCUCGCACAAAUCUGAUUCCUAAUUACACGGUUAAGGCACUAAUUGCUACUUGGUGCGAGUCAAACAAUGUGAAGUUGCCUGAUCCCUUGAAGUCCAUGAGCUUAACUCAACCUACUCCACUACUCACACAUGCUGAAUCAGGGCCACCUGAGGAUUUACAGAUUUAUCCUAAUUCCAAAGACAACUGGACAUUGUCACCUGAGCCAAUUCAGUCUGGCAGUCGUUGUAAGAGCUUGAUUUCCUCUGCUGGAACUUAUGGAGAAGGAGCUUCUCCACUUCAUCCCCGCUCUACUUCUGAGGGUUCCUUGUCAAGUGUAACUGGUAAUGGAUUGGGUUUGGAUAUUGACAGGCUGUCACUAAAAAGUUCUGAAGACAAGGCUACUGACUCAGAAGCAAGGAGCACAGAUUCAGUUGGUGAAAAGUCUGUGUCACCAGUGAGAAAGGACUCUUUUAAUAUUGGCGGACCUUGUGAGCCUUCGCAGAGCCAUAGCAGAACCUUGUCAGCUUCCAGCAUGCUUUCAAGUACAAAUAUCAAUGAAAGAAUGUCAGUGGAUGCCAAUGGGACUUCAGAUGUAUCCGAUCAUCGUACUUCUUAUAGCAGUGAUGCUUCUGGGGUGGUGAAAGCAGAGCCGCAGGUUGAUGGUGCCUGGAAUACUCCGCAGAGGGAAACUGAGGUACCCCUCCGUUUGGUGGAGACACGAUCCAGAAGCCAAAAAAUAUGGCACCGGCCAUCAGAGAGGUUUGUUCCAAGGAUAGUUUCUUCACCAGCUAUUGAGACAGGGUUAGAUCUUUCUGGUCUUGAAUCUCAUGUUCGGAAGCUGGUUGAGGACUUGAGGAGCACUUCAGUUGAUGCUCAAAGAGAAGCAACAGCUGACCUCAGGCAACUUGCGAAGCAAAAUACGGAUAACAGAAUUGUAAUAACAAGCUGUGGAGCCAUUAGCUUGUUGGUUAACUUGCUUUACUCAGCAGAUUCAGAGAUUCAGGAAAAUGCGGUCACAACACUCCUGAAUUUGUCGAUUAAUGACAACAAUAAAACUGCUAUUGCCAAUGCCGAAGCUAUUGAACCCCUAAUUCAUGUUCUUCACACAGGAAGCCCCACGGCCAAGGAAAACUCAGCGGCCACUCUCUUUAGUCUCUCUGUGAUUGAGGAAAACAAGAUUAGGAUUGGAAGGUCUGGAGCCAUUGAACCUCUGGUUGAUUUACUAGGAAAUGGAACUCCAAGGGGGAAGAAAGAUGCUGCUACAGCAUUGUUUAACUUGUCAAUAUUUCAUGAAAACAAGGUCCCGAUUGUGCAAGCUGGGGCCGUUAAGCACCUUGUUGAAUUGUUGGACCCAGCAGCUGGGAUGAUUGACAAGGCAGUUGCUGUUUUGGCAAACCUCGCUACAAUUCCCGAGGGUAAGACUGCAAUUGGUCAGGAGCGUGGGAUUCCUUUUAUAGUGGAGGUUAUUGAGCUGGGUUCUGCCAGAGGGAAGGAGAAUGCUGCUGCUGCUCUAUUACAUCUUUGCACAAGCAGUGUUAGGUUUACCAAUAUAGUUCUUCAAGAAGGCGCUGUCCCACCUCUAGUGGUAUUGUCUCAGUCUGGCACCGCAAGGGCCAAGGAAAAGGCACAACAACUUCUUACCCAUUUCAAAGAACACCGACAUGGUAAUGCUGGCAGGAACUGAUUUUAGAAAAGCAACCCAAAGUGUCAUUUGACCAUACAAAUAAUGCAAGUGAAAGGUUUUUUGUGGUUUAUUUUUGAUUAUUUGUAGAUUGAUUGUGGAGGAUUUGAUUGAGGCCUCUUGUGUAAGAUAUAUUUUUUAAUAGUAAAUGUGGAAAGGAGGAGUUUCAUUUGUGAGUCUGCCCUUUUUGAGCUCAGGCAAUAUUGGAAAUUGAA